GUUCGUGUGACAGGAAUCGGGGGGAACCAUCAUGAUAUUGAGGGGGUUUCUGCUGGGCUCCGGGAGACGGCUUCUCUGCACCAUUUCUUGUGAGUCAGCAGUCCCUCCAAAUCUUAUUCUGCCUCCUGGUUUAAAGGAUGGACCUUGUAAAAUCCAGCGCCCCCCAGUGGACUUGUCUCAGCCUGUCAUACGGCCAUGCAAGAUCCCUGUUCCCUCUCAUCUGUCCCCCAAACCAGUUUGGUUGGAUUCUCUGAAACAUCCGGAUGAUCAGCAACUGGGACUGGUCCAUUUGCAUCCAGACGUCUUUACUGUUCCGCCCAGGAUUGAUAUUCUCCAUCAAGUCAUCACAUGGCAGAGAAACUUCAAAAGGAUUAGUUACGCCAAGGUGAAGACUCGUGCAGAGGUGAGAGGAGGUGGGAAGAAGCCCCGGCAGCAGAAAGGCAGUGGCCGAUCACGUCAGGGGAGUAUCAGAUCACCAUUAUGGAGAGGAGGGGGUGUUGCACAUGGUCCCCGUGGCCCUACCAGCUAUUACUACAUGAUGCCUAUGAAGUUACGGGUACUGGGUCUAAAGAUUGCACUCACUACCAAGCUGGCACAGGAUGAUCUCCAUAUUAUUGACUCUUUAGAGAUCUCCACUCCAGAUCCUCAGUAUCUCAUUGACCUUGUUAAUCACCGACAGUGGGGGGAUUCUGUGCUGAUUGUUGAUGUCAAUGAAAAUUUACCUGAAAAUAUAUUUAAUGCAACAAUCAAUUUAAAGAAGAUCAAUGUGAUUCCUGCUACAGGUCUCAAUGUGUUCAGCAUGCUCAAGCACGACACCGUGGUAUUAACCGUCGCAGCGGUGGAUUUCUUGGAAGAGAAGUUACUGUGGCACGAUUCCCGCUACACCGCCCUCUAUCCAUUCCGUCUGCCUUACAGCGAUUUCCCUUAGCGGCGGCGCUGCUGUGUAUUCGUUACUUCUGUGCAGCCAAACUGCCGUUUUUCACAUUUGUAAAUAUUAAAAACAGGAAAAAUCA